AUGCAGCUCUGUUGGACAUUCGAGAGCGAGCAACGCCCAUCGUUUGUGGAAAUACUCAGCAUGUUUGAGAAACUUCGCGAUAUAAAAUCGAGUUUCAGUGAACUUAUAUUUCAGGACGACAAGCCGUAUCCGCCCAGUGGAGGCCAAUAUAAUGGGGCUUUCGACUUAUCUCAAGAUAGCACGUCUAGCGAAAAAAUGGACGCCGACCGGGGCAUUUACAAUCAAGGGUACAACGAAAUAGAACGACUGUCAGAACAGAGCCGUUUUGAGAAGUCCACCAACAGCAACACUGCAGUUCGUAAACACAGCGGACCUCUGUCGAUGCGAUCGAUGAGGAAGGAGAGCAAGACAAAACCGACACCUUUCUCCUUGCCAUCUGAAGCGGACAUACGGUUUCAAUUAAGUGGAGCUAGUGGGAAUCCUGCCGAAAACUCCAUGUCUAAUGACACGCUGACAACAUCUUGCGAUUACGGUUCGUCAUACCAGCUACCGUCGUUCGCGUCUUCAGCUCGUUCACCCUUCCUGCUUCCAUCGAACCUUUCUUCGUACGAGACCCCUAAAAGUCCUCGUUCGUUCCAGAUAGUGAAAAAACAGAAGAAAUGC